UGUUAAGGGCUAAGGCUGUUACUUUCUAUUUUAAGAGAAACAAAUGAGUGGUGCAUUAAAAAUGAAAAGAAUGAGCACAGAAGAAAGUACUCGUUGAUUACAGCUUUUUUGUUUUUAAUUUGAUAGUGAUCUUUGCCAAACAUAAGUAGUGAAGAUAGGGGUGGACAUAAUGCAACCACCCGACGGUAUCCGACCGUUCCGAUCCAAAAUUUGAGACACCGUUCGGGUUUAGUCGGUUGGUGGGUUAGGUUGGAAAGUAGCAAGAGGUUUUUACGGGUUUGUGCGGUCGGAUUCGGAGAUUGGUUUUGGGCCCGUCGGAAACCGAAUCCGACCGAAUCUAAGGUUAUUUUUAUGGCUAGGCCCAAUCUAAACAGAAAUCUAAGGUUCAUUCCUAUAGUUAGAGAGAUGUGGUAUGAAUCUCACUUUUUCAUACGCACAAAAUAUUCGAUGUAUCCACAGAGAACUAACAAAAAACCAAGACUCUCUCUCAGUCUCAAAUCUCAAUUCAUUAGUUCCACUUCUUCGUGAGAUUCAUACGCACAAACAGCAACGUUACUCCGCUAGGGUUCAUCAUUCUCUCAGUUCGUGGUUUCAUCGUUUAACGAAGAACCGUCGCCGUCCAUUAUUCAACCACAAAUCACCACCGAGCUUGUUAGAUCAAGGAGUUGGAUGAGUCCUGCCGCCAAUGGAGCGCGGCAAAAGUAGCUUGCAAGGAGUUGGAGUUCCUAGCUUGCAAGGAGUUGGAGUUCCUAGCGGAGUUGUAGAUCAAGGAGUGAGUCAAGGAGCAGCUGCUGGUACUGCACUCCCUCCACUUCGAAAAAGGAAACUUAAUGCUAGUGGUAGUAGAAAAACUUCUACGGUUUGGGAAGAGUUUAACAUUUUACCGGAUGAGCCUGAACCUAUAGCCGCGUGUAAACACUGUCAUAAAAGGUACCGAUGUGAUCCUAAAACACAUGGUACUUCUAACAUGCUAGCUCACUCGAAAGUGUGUUACAAAAACCCUGCCCUUUUGUUGAAAGACCCCAAUCAGACAAACCUUGUAAGCGGCGAGGGUGGGUUUUUAGUUCCAACUAGUCAAAGGUUUAAUGCUGCAGCCUGUAGGAAGGCCAUUAAUACCUUUGUUAUCCUUGAUGAACAUUCCUUUAGAGUGGUUGAGGGUGUUGGUUUUAAGCAAAUGUGUAAACAAUUGCAACCCCAAAUGGCUAUCCCUACUAGGAGGACCGUUGCUAGGGAUUGUUUUCAGCUUUACCUAGCUGAAAAGUCACGUCUUAAAGCCUUUUUUAAAUCUGAUUGUACUAGGGUUGCACUAACCACAGACUAUUGGACUUCGAUACAAAACCUUAGUUAUAUGGCCACCACUGCACACUUCAUUGACACUGCUUGGAAGUACCAAAAAAAAAAUUAUUAGUUUCUCUUUAGUUCCAAAUCACAAAGGUGAUACCAUUGGCAUGAAAGUCGAGGACGUUUUGAGAGAAUGGGGGCUUAGGAAAGUGUCUACAAUUAUCCUGGAUAACGCAACAGCAAAUGAUGUGGCUGUGAGUUAUUUGGAUAGAAGACUUAAGAGCAAGAAUGCUUUACUGGGUGUAGGUGAUUAUUUGCAUAUGAGGUGUGCUGCCCAUGUCUUGAACUUGGUAGUGAGAGAUGGUGAAAAAGAACAUGAAGGGUCUAUUGAAUCAGUUCGCACUGCUGUUAGGUUUGUAAGGUCUUCUCCACAAAGAGCUAUGAAGUUUAAGGAGUGUGUUGAACUUGCGGGCAUAACUUGUAAAAAAAAACUUUGUCUUGAUGUUUCUACAAGGUGGAAUUCCACUUACCUAAUGUUGGAUGCUGCUGAAAAGUUUGAAGUUGCAUUUGACAAUAUGAUUGAUGAGGAUCCUGGAUACAUCGAAUAUUUUGACCUCCUUACCGGUCCACCCGGUUCUCAGGAUUGGAAAAAAGUUAGGGCUUUUGUGGUUUUCUUACAAACCUUCUAUGAGGCAACCAAAGUGUUUUCAACUUCGCAAGAAGUGUCCUUGCAUUUAGCUUUUCAUAACUUGUCUUCAAUUUUGUGUGAGCUUCAAGAAGCUUCAUUUAACUUGAAUUCUUAUGUGGCUCCAAUGAUUUCACAUAUGAAGGUUAAAUAUGAUAAGUAUUGGGGGGAUGUGGGAAAAGUGAAUCAUUUUCUUUACUAUGGAGUGAUCUUUGAUCCUAGGUUUAAGUUUAACUAUAUUGAGUGGUCUUUUAAUGAUAUGUAUGGGCAUUCUAGUGACCUUGCCAAGAAAAAUAUUGAAUGUGUCAAAACUAGUUUGUUUAAACUAUAUAAUUGGCAUAAAUCUGAUCAUGAUAAGAAUGUUGGGGCUAGUCCUUUAAGUGCACCAGGGAGCACUUCCCUUGGAGAAGCAUCUUCCCAACCAAAAGAACCAUCACCUUUUACAAGGGCUAAUGCUUUUAAGAAACAUCUGAAGGAAAAAGACACAAUUGAAAAUGAAAAUGAACUAGAGAAGUACUUAGGUGACCCUUGUUGCGGGGAGGGGGAAAAUUUUAGUAUUCUUAAUUGGUGGAAGGAAAAUUGCACCCGUUAUCCUAUAUUAGCAACCUUGGUUCGGGAUGUGUUGGCAACACCUGUUUCUAGUGUAGCCUCAGAAAGUGCUUUUAGCACGGGGGGGAGGAUUUUAGAUAUCUAUAGGAGCUCUUUGAGUCCAGAUAUGGUCGAAGCGCUUAUAUGUACUCAAAACUGGUUGAAGCCUUCUGACAAUGAUCUAAAUGUCCUUAAUAUGACUGAAGAAUAUGAGAUUAGUGAAUCAAUUGUUUCAGAGUUUCAAGUAGCUACUGGUGGAGCAGCUGCUCCUACACAGGCUGGGCCUGUUUAAUUCUCGCCUAGCUGUGAAUUUUUGAAUAUUUUGGAGUCACUUUGUGAUUCAAUAAGAGA